CAAUUCUGAAACCUGUGAGUUCGCGGUAAAUUAGCAAAAAAAAAGUGAUGUUCUUAAGACGACACAACCUAAAAUCUGACGAUGACAUCAGACAGCGCUACUCAAUUAAGAAAUUUAUGUAAUUGUUUAACUGAUAGCUACUACAGAGGGCAAACCUACCUCGUUGACAAUUCGGACUCUGCCCGCAUGCGCGAACUCUACACCCGACUGAUGAAUGAUGAACAUUAAGUAGGGUGUAACAAUAAAUCCCACCGUGUAACGUAGCAUCACAUAGCGACAGUGAGCAACUGAGCAUUGCACUUAUCUGUAGUGCAAUGUAUUGUCAAACCUCAGCUGUACUUGUUAAUGAUUUGCUGGUUAUCUCGUACUCAGAGUGUGGAGUUUGGAUUCUGCCCUCCACACAAACAUGAUUUAGUAGUAUCAGAUAGUUGAGAAUUUCUGUCUCAGCGCCUUUUCAGUCACCAACUUCUACGUGUUACCUGGCUCCCAAGAAAGGGCAAAAUGUUAGCUCACAUUGCACUUUUGCUCUGCAUACCAUCUUCAUUUUCUGCUUCUACAAGAGGUGCUGGUGUUGCUGGACCCAGGCUGAAUAAUAACUGGGUGUACAAAUUCAGAUACAACACAGAGGUGCUGGUAGACAGGGCCAAAGGGUCAAAAGAAGGCAAUGCUGGCUAUAAGAUCUCCAGCGAUGUGGAUGUCAACUUAGUGUGGAGAGACCCCAACAGCAAUGACGACCAGCUUAUACAACUGGCAAUCUCAAACGUGAAAAUUGAAAAUGUGGCCCUACGCUCAGCCAAGAAGAACAUCCUCCAUGGUGCCACAGCGCAAAGCCUAUUAGGAGAAAAGAGGCUGGCAGCACUAGAAAGGCCAUUCAUGGUGCACCUGAAAAACGGAAAGGUGAGUGGCUUUUACUGCUAUAAAGCAGAGCCUGCAACCAUUAAGAACUUAAAGAGGGGUGUUGCCAGCCUGCUUCAAGUGCAGACCAGUUCUGGGAAGGUUAUCGAGAAUGAUGUUUCUGGGAGGUGUACAGUCGAGUACAGAGCUGUCCAGGGCAAGGUGACAAGGACCAAGGCUUUGGACACCUGCAAGAGCAUGGAGACUGGCUUUACCACCUACAUUCAGGUCCUGGGCGUGACUGGGAAGUCCAGCUCUGUCACUGUGUUCACUCUGGAGGAUGGUUUCAUCAAGUCAGCCGUAGCCGAGGAAACCCACAUGUUAGCAGUCACUGCACGCCGCCAAACUGCUGCUAAAGUAGUGUCCAGGCAAACCUUGACACUGGUAAAGACUGAGGCUGGUCCAUUUGAGGCGUCAGGAAAGAAUGCUGCAAGUGUUGUCAAAUCACUUGACGAGAAAUUGUUUGCUGUGGGUGUCACAGCUGAGAAGGUCAAAUCUCAAUGCAAGGGCUGUCAAUCGCUGUUUGAACACUGGAAGGCAGUCCAAAAGCAGUUUGAACCAGAUAGCUUGUCAAAGGCUAUUGCUCCCCGAAGCUUCCUGGCUCUCAUCCAGAGCAUAAGAAAAGCCUCCAAGACUGAGAUCCUACAAGUGCUGAAAAGUGCUAGCAAGACUGCCCUACCUCAGGUGGUGGAUGCUGUGACCUCAUCCCAGACUCCAGCCUCCCUGGACGCCAUGCUGCAGUUCCUCAACUUCGCUGACCCCAAAGGCCUAGUUCUACAGGAGAGGUUCCUGUACGCCUGCGGCUUUGCUUCACACCCCAACGAGAGGAUGCUCCAGGCUUUGCUGAACAUUUCAAAGGGGAAGAUUGGCAGUAACGACAUCAAAGAAUCAGUGGUGAUCAUCAUGGGUGCCCUUGUGAAAAAGCUCUGCCAGAAAGGAGGCUGUGACUUACCAACUGUGGUUGAGGUGAAGAAGAUGAUUCUGGAAGGUCCUGACAGUACGCUGGUGGAGUCAGACGUUCAGAUGUACCUCCUAGCACUGAAGAACUCCCUGCUACCAGAAGCCAUUCCCUUGUUUGCAAAAUAUGCAGAGUCUGAGAUCGGGGCAUACUGCACUAUCUCCCUCACCGCCUUGCAGAGAUACAGUAUUACCCUCAUCACAGAUGAGGUUAAGAGAACAGUGAAUCGGGUGUACCACCAGAAUCGUAGGGUCUAUGAGAAGAAUGUGAGGGCGGCAGCAGCAGAUGUUAUCCUGAGCAGCAACCCCUCGUACAUGGAGGUGAAGAACUUGCUCCUAUCCAUAGGAAACCUCCCCAAAGAACUGAACAAGUACAUGGUCUCCAAAGUCAAGGACAUCCUGCACUUUGAGAUGCCUGCCAGCAAAAUUCUACGACAAGCCAUGAAGGACAUGGUCUCUCACAAUUAUGACCGUUUCUCCAAGGUUGGGUCAUCCUCUGCUUACUCUGGCUUCAUGACAGGUACCACUGAUGCCGCUACCACCUACAGUCUGGACAUUCUGUACUCCGGUUCAGGGGUUCUCAGGAGGAGCAACAUGAACAUCUACGGAACCAGUAAUGGUGCCCUGCUUCAUGGACUCCAGGUGGCGAUUGAGGCCCAAGGAAUGGAGUCCCUGAUUGCGGCCAAGCCAGACGAAGGCGAGGAGGACCUGGAGUCCUUCGCAGGAAUGUCAGCCCUGCUCUUUGACGUCCAGCUUCGACCUGUGACCUUCUUCAAGGGCUAUAGUGACCUUAUGUCCAAGAUGUUCUCCAUGUCUGGCGAGCCCAUGAACGUGGUGAAGGGCCUGAUUCUGCUCACUGACCACUCCCAGGUCAUCCAGCUUCAGUCUGGUCUGAAGGCCAAUGCUGAGUUUCAGGGUGGUUUGGCCAUCGACAUUUCAGGAGGCAUGGAAGUUAGCCUGUGGUACAGAGAGUCCAAGACCAGUGUCAACAACAGGGGUGCCAUGGUGGUGACAGGGAAUGUGACCGUGGACAUGGACUUUGUGCGCACUGGGAUGGAGGUAAGCUUUGAGAUGGAGGCUUCUCUAGACUUUAUCACCACGGUACAGUUCUCGGAGUACCCCUUCCUGGUUUGCAUGCAGAUGGAUAAGGUCACCUUCCCUUUCAGCGAGUACUUAACAAAAUACGAGAGCCUGCCUUCAGGGAAGAACUAUUUAUCACACAAGGGCCACAAGCAGCUGGUGCCUGGCUCAGAGUUCCCUCUCCACCAGGAGAACUCUGACAUGUGUAAGAGGGUGUUUGACUCAGACGCAUAGUCUUCUCCAGGUCAAUCUCUUAGUACAAAGAUAGAAGAUCCAAGAUGGAGUACUGCAGUGCUAUGGGCCAAUGACCCUAUGUCAUUGUGUAAAUAGUGUGUGACGUGGCUAAACGUCUGCUGGCUAGUGAAGUUCUUUGAGUCUUAAUAUGGCAAAUGUCAACUGUUGUUGUGCUGUUUUUUUUGUCAGUCUAAUUAUCUGAAUGCCUAGUUAACUUAAAACUGAAAAAUUGCUCACUUUUUAGAUGGCAUUUAACUUGCUAGCAGUUUACUACUAUUCACCCAAUUUUAAUCCCACAACACAGCAAUAUUUGCAUUCUGACAUAGUGGAGUAGGUCCUUCACUUGGGGCAUUAUUUAUUGUAUUUUUUUAAGAUGUCCAGAAAAACCAACUGUUUCACACCAUAGCAAAGUAAGUGAAAUGGAGCAUAUGUUUUUGUAAAAACAACAAUGUUUACAUUCUUAAGAUUAUUUAAGACACUUAAAUUCAAUGUUUUAUUUCAGAUCAUGAAUUUUGCUUUGCCUUUUGAUUACAUUGUUUGCGUAUUUAAAGGGUGUAUGACUAUUAUGUCUUAAUCAUAAUAUGUGAUACUAACACAAUAUUCACCUAUGGUAAUAUAUAUCAUCAUAUGGGCAAUAUGAUGCUGUGGUUGAAUCUCCACUGUGCUCCUUAUAUUACACUAUUUUUAGUUAGUCUGAAGACAUGGAGUUUGUAACCAACAAUACAUUGAUUGAAUUAAAGUUGUUGCUUAGCAAUGUAAAAUGACAGUAUGUAAACAGUAUUUGAUUUACACUUUAGCAAGCUUGAAUGAGCUGUUAAGUGGCCAGAUAAUGCAGGGUUGUUUUUUAAUUCAUUCCUAUGAUUUGUACUUCUCAAUGGUUAACAUGAAUGUAUAUCAAAAUCAUUUAGACUUGAGUUUUUUUUGUAAGUGUUCACAUUCAUUUGACCGCUAUUGUCUUUUGUUUUGAUAGUUAGUAAUUGACCAAAAAAGAAUGAACUGGAACCCAUAUGACUGCGUUUAAACAGGCAGCUCAGUGUUUUUUUUUGCACUAAUUGUUAUUUUGCAAAGCACAUCAGAUCAUUUCACAUCAGAUCAUUUUCAAAGUUUAUCUGAUUGUUUAAAAGACCAGUUGAUAAUAAAUGUAACUGAAUUGGGUUGCCUGUGUGAACAUUAAUACUGCUUCCAUUGGCUUGCAGGUGUAUCAACGAAUGUCACAUUCAGCAUGCAGUACUUUUAUAGCAUUACAUUAGACUAUGUGUAAGAAUAUUUUUCAAUAAACAUAUGGAAGCCAGAAUUAAAUAUGUUUGACUUUACCAAUA